AUGGCUGUAGCGACUCCAGAAAACCAUAGUGAGCCAUUCUGUCCAGCAAAUGCCACAGUGUGCAAUGUUACAAGCUGUCUGAUGCCUCCUGACAACUACAAUAAGAUUCUUAAUACAGUUCUGUCUGCAACGAUCACCACCUUGUUAGCGCUUGUCAUGUUCUCCUUGGGCUGCAGUGUGGAGUUUAAGAAGUUUUGGGGCCAUAUCAGACGGCCAUGGGGUAUAAUUGUGGCUUUUCUUUGUCAAUUCGGAGUAAUGCCAAUUACUGGUUUUGUGCUAUCACUUAUAUUUAAUGUUCAACCAAUUCAGGCAAUAGUCAUUCUUAUCAUGGGAUGUUGCCCAGGAGGCACUGGUUCCAAUAUCUUAUCAUACUGGGUAGAUGGUGACAUGGAUUUAAGUUUAAGCAUGACCACUUGUUCCACAUUAUUUGCUCUGGGUAUGAUGCCUCUGUGUCUCUUUAUUUACACAAAAAAGUGGGUUGAUUCAAAUUCCAUACAAAUACCUUAUGACAGCAUUGGCAUUUCUUUGGUAACUCUAGUAGUUCCUGUUGCAAUUGGAAUGUUUGUAAACUAUAAAUGGCCCAAACAGGCAAAGAUCAUAUUAAAGGUGGGCUCUAUUACAGGAGGUAUUCUCAUCGUUGCUAUUGCUGUUGUUGGAGGAGUACUAUACAAGGGAUCCUGGACCAUUGAUCCAAAGUUGUGGAUUGUAGGAACUAUCUUCCCAUGUAUUGGUUUUACAAUUGGCUUUUUCCUGGCGUCUAUGGCUAAUCUUACAUGGAGCAGGUGUCGCACAGUGGCGCUGGAAACGGGAAUGCAGAACACGCAGUUAUGCUCUACCAUUGUACAACUCUCAUUUACACCUCAGCAGCUGGGAUUGAUAUUCACUUUCCCACUGAUAUACAGUAUCUUCCAAAUUCUGAUAGCUGUUCUGUUCUUAAUAGUCUACCAGAUUUACAAAAAGAUCCGAGUAUGUGGAAAACCAAUUGAGGUGGAAGACAAAAUGGAGUCACCUUAUGCACAAUCAAAUGGAGGAUUUGAUCUUGAUGAAAAAAUAAAGAAUUGAGAUUCAGCAAGAUCACAGAGGGAUAAAUAAGAACUGUAUAAUAUACCUAAUAUAGGAUGGCUGACAAUA